CAAAGAAACAUGAAUUUGGACCAAAAUCAUUCGUUUUCGAUUAAAAAGACGAGCAUCGUGUGAUUUCGGUGAAAGGCAGAGGCAAAAUUAUGAUUGAUUUAAGCCAUACCAGUCCAUUUCCACCUCUGUUUGUCGCACAAGCCGGUCAACUUGAAAUGUGAUGGGGUUAAAGCCAAAGAACUUCAUAGAAACAGCGCGUUCAGUUUACACUGAAUAUUCACCUGAGUCAAGUUACGAGGAGAUGAUGGCACGGCAAACUUCAUUUCCGGCUAACUCUACUACUCCAGCUACACUUGGGCCUGGGAUUUCAAGGCCAGCAUAUCUUGCUCUGACAAUUGUUUUUACGACGCUUUACGCUUUGUUAUUUUUUAUGAUAGUGGUGCAACUCUGCCUGAUCUUAUACCACAAACAUCGCCGUUUAUCGUAUCAAAGUGUGUUCUUGUUCAUCUACCUGCUUUGGGCUGCGUUGAGAACUACGCUGUUUUCAUUUUACUUCAAAAAUAGUGCACAAACAAAGACAUUUGAUCGUUUUAUACGGUGGCUCCUGUACGCAUUUCCAAUCUACUUACAGUUUCUUACCCUAUCUCUGCUGACAUUGUAUUUGGCAAAGGUUGUCUUAAGGACCAGAAGAAGCACUCUUGAGCCUUUAACAUUCAGGAAAUACAACAGACUGUAUCUUCCUAGUUCAUUUGCCACAGUGAAUAUGGUUUUCUUUGCUCUUAACAUUACAAGCUCUUUUGUGUGUCAUAAACAAGAUGCUCAUGACACACUUGUCAUAUUGAGGGUCAUUGUAAAUGGACUGCUGUUUGUUGUUGUUGGUGUUGUUCUCUGUUUCUGCAUUAUUAAGAUUACAAGAGCACCAGCUGUCAAUGUUUUACUGGAGGGUCAGGGAGCAACAACCAGGCAAGGCAUACUACUGUGUGUGCUGGUAGUCCUGCUCUAUUUGUCUAGAGUAGUUUACAACCUAAUUGCAGUCGCUGUACCUCAUGAUUUGUCUUCAUUUGGCUAUGGCUGGAUUAAUGUUUCUGAUGAGGGUGAAAUUAACUACAGAGAUUCUUCAUGUGAUAGUUGCAACAAAGUUCAUGACGUGAUGCGUGAUGCGGAGUUUAUAACGUUUGGUGUUGUCUUAAUUGUAUGGGAGGUGUUACCAACCUUCAUGGUUAUAUUAUUUUUUCGAGUCAGGAGACCGAAUAUUGGAGACAUGGGACCAUCAGGUAUAGCCUCACAGAGUGGUGACAAAAAGUCAUAUUUCUUUGACAAUCCUCGAAGGUAUGACUCGGACGAGGACCUGACAGAGUCACAAGGACAAGCCAGAGGUCAGUACAACAUACCAGGCGUACUUAGUCCCUCCGCUUCCAGUGGGAGCGUAAACAGACCACGGUCAUCAUAUGGCUCCAUAUCAGCCGCGCGCAGUGGAAGUUUCCAGAGAAGUAACAGUUAUUCUAAAGUUUAUCUCCCGAGUACCACUCCUCCUACUCUCCCUACUUGGUCUGAAAACCAAGCAGGCUGGUCUGGUUACCAAGCUGACGGGUCUGGAUUCAAGGCGGACGUUUUAGUUAAGCAAAACGAAGCAUAGUGAUUCAUGGGCAACGAGUAAAGUUAGGGUCGAUGACCUCAAAAGAAUGAAGCAAACUUUGUUACAUGGAUGAUCAAACGAAACGCUGGUAGAGGCUAGACCGUAAUUCUUUGUCAGCACAGAGGGCUACGUACAAGACCUCUUGCCUCUUUACCAGUUAUACAGGGUUUCACCCAGACAUUAAAAAUCUUACCUUCAGAAGUCCUUAAUAGCCCUUUAAGCCGUUACAAUAGCUAGCUUCUAAUUUCUCCAUAGAGUAGCACUGUUGAAUCAAUCAGAUGCGUCAAGAGGCCAAAAGAAGCAGUAGAUUAUCAAACAAACGUCCUGGACAGUACCAUAGGAAAUGUAUACAAAAAGAAGCAUGAAGAAUAUACACACUGUCGUUAGGGUGUAAAUGGUUAUUAAGCGUACGGUGCACUGAAGGAGAAUACCCCAGGUGCGCUAUUACAUCAUCCAGUCAACUGGAAAGCCAUAAUUUUUACUUUUCAAAUUAAACGGUCCAGACAAAAGAUCUGGGAAUUGCCAAGGAAGAGAUAUCUCAUUAGUUCACUAGAAGCCAAGAAAGUGUAAUGUACAGUUUCGUCGUUCCAUGUGGCUGCAGUGCCAUUCAGUUGGAUAUACUUAUCGCAGACGUUGUCACGUAGACGUAUUAUUGUAGGAUUUUCUAGGUUUUUUGUCGUUUUUAUAUCAUUUUUCUCUUUGUUUACUUGUAUGUUUUUUUUUUCGACUUCUUUGGCCUCGGGUCUAACUAACUUCAACAUAAAAUGUUGCCACAACUGCUGUAGUUGUCUUGGGCCGAUUUGUAACUAACUGUUCUCGAUCAAAUUUAGUAAGUUAAUGUCAAAUUUUUUAUAAUUCUAUGUAAUGUAAACUUCCCUUGAUCUACUGUGUCAGAAAAGAAAUGUUUAUUCUUACAUAGUCAUAUAUAUUAUUUUUCUUUUAAUAGUUGAAAGGAAGACCAUUUUGCCAAAUUUAGAAAUAAAUUUAACCACACGGUACAUAGUACCUUCA